UAUAUGGAUAUCAAUAGGCAGGUGGUGUAGGUCUUUGGAAGCCUUCUUGACAGAGUCUCUACUCCUUUGUCCCCAGUUAGCGUAGCCAUAUACAUUGUGUCAACGGUAGCGAAAAUGGACGAGAAUAUCGCAGGCACAGUGCACCUGCAUCACGCGAGCAGCGACGAAAAGACUGCUGUGAUUGCGGAGCAUCAUGAAGUCGUGCACCGAACCACAACCGGCAACAUCUAUGUCACCCGCAAUGGGAUCGAGCUCGUUCCGACCCCGAGUACGGAUCCAAAUGAUCCGCUAAACUGGCCAUUCUUCUGGAAAAUCAGCGUGCUGAUCUGCAUCUGCUGCUCGUCGCUGAUGAUCGCCUUUUGCGCUGCGGGAAUCAUCCCAGGCUUCAUGGCGAUUGCGGAGGCGUACCAUACGGACAUCAACCAUGUUUCCUACCUCGUGUCCGUGAACGUCCUCUGGCUCGCCUUGGGUCCUAUCAUCUGGAGUCCGAUAUGCGACACCUACGGCCGGCGACCCGUUUAUCUGCUCGCAAUGUUCAUCACUCUGGUGUCAUCCAUCGCUUGCGCUGUUGCCAAGAGCUACGGCAUCCAGGUCUUCACACGGAUGCUGCAAGGUUUUGGCGCGUCGGGAGCCUUCACGGUGGGUGCCGGGAGCAUCGCAGAUGUAUACUUCCUCCACGAGCGAGGACUCUACACCGGGUGCUGGAUCGCAAUUGGCCAGAGUGGGCCCUUCAUCGCACCUAUGAUCACAGGCGCUGUCAUUGAGAACGCAGGUUGGAGAUGGUCUUUAUGGCUAAUGGCCAUUUUUGCGGGCGUGUUCUUAGUGAUGAUGUUCUUCUUUCUGCCGGAGACGCUCUACAUUCGCCAUCUCGGGACAGAGAAUAUCGAGAACACUGCGGGCGUGCAGCCUAAGCGAAAGCGGCUUUUUGCGCAGAUGGAGUUCCGCCGCAUCUCACCAAGGCCCAUUUCGUUCCUUGAGUUCUUCCGGCCUCUCUACAUGCUCAGAUACCCUUCGGUCGGACUCAUCGCACUAUCGUGGUGCUUUGGGGUCGCAUUGCCCGACAUUGGAAUCUCAAACAUCGUUCCACUCGCUUUCGGCGGUGUCUAUGGCUGGGGCCCACGCGCCCAAGGCCUCUCCAACGCAGGCUUCCUGGUCGGCUGCCUCCUUGGAGAAGCAUUUGCAGGGCCCAUGUCAGACUUGUACAUCCGGUACCGAUUAAAACGCAACGGAGGCGUCUUCAUCCCUGAAAUGCGCCUACAUCCAGUUAUACCAGGACUCAUCCUGAUGCCUCUUGGUUUGGCCGGGUUCGGCGUUUGUGUUCAGCACCAAACUCACUGGAUCGGACCUGUCAGCAUGAUGGCCGUCACGAUCUUUGGCUAUCAGCAGACCGUCUCGCUAGGCAUGGCAUAUGGCAUUGACUGCUAUAAGCCGCAAGCGCCCUACGUAGCUGCUGCCAUGAUCUUCUGCCGACAGCUCUUCGGUUUCACUGUCAAUUACUGGCUCCUACCGUGGGUCGAGAACCAGGGCUUUCAGAACUCAUACAUCGCACAGGGUGCGCUGACAUUGGUCCUCGGCUCCGGACCAAUACUGCUUCUCAUGCUGUUCGGGCAACGAUGGAGAGAGGCAAUGCCUGUGCCAAAGGGCUUCGGCACGAGUCAAUAGCCGUCCACAUGUUUUCGUAGUUUGGUACAGUGGCGGCUCCCUUGACUGUUGCUGGAAUACCUGGUAGGAUAUAGUACAACAGCCUACAAAUACGAGCAACAUCAGGCAAA